AUGGCCGACCACAACAAGUCGGGUGCCUGGAGUCCAACGUCGCCGGGAGGAACGACGGAUGAUAGCACAACAAUGGAGAUUGGAGAUGAAGAUGACCCCCUCUCUGAAACGCAAGAAUGUGUGGAGGAAACGGUGGUCAUUCCGUUGACCGCACCGCCCGAAAACCAGUGGUAUCAUGGAAGACUAGGACGCCAGACAGCAGAGGAACGUCUACGGUCAGCAGGCGAGAUUGGUAGCUACCUUGUUAGGGAGAGCGAGAGUAAAUCAGGUUCCUAUGUUCUGUCUUACCUAGGGAAGAAUGGACUCACCCACUUCAGGAUAUCUGCAAUCUGUGGUGAUUACUACAUUGGAGGUCGGAGAUUUGAGACAUUGUGCCUCUUAGUUGGGUACUACACCUCAGAAUCCUAUCUCCUAAAGGAAGAACAAUUAAAACUGCCUGUCCCUCCCCCAGAGCCAGUAGAUGAUCGCAGGCGUGUGAUAGCACAUCUUCCUUUCUCUAAAAUGCCAGAAACAGAUGAGCUAAGCUUUGAGAAAGGAGAUGUGUUCGUUGUGCUGAAUGAGAUGGGAGAUGGUUGGCUGUGGGUGAUAGCUCAGAGGACCAAUAAGGAAGGACAAAUACAUGAGGCGCUAGUGGAGGACUUGAAUGGGACUAUAGAUCCUGAUGAAACAUUGCCAUAUUUUUAUCCUGGAAUAACAAAGGAAGAUGCAGUGGAGAAACUCCGUGAAGCUGGCCAAGGAAGCUUCCUGGUGCGUCCAAGUGAAAAUUCUCCUGGAAACUAUUCCUUGUUUGUCCUUUGUGACAAGACUGUUCAGAGAUUCCGCAUUGAGAAGGAAGGAAGACAACUGUUUAUGGGAGGACGCUACUUUGAUGGGCUGGAAGCAAUCAUUGACAGAUACAAGAAGGAAGAGAUUGUAGAGAGCUUCACCUUGGUGACGCCCGUCUGUAAGGGGUCGACUGAACACUUAUACGAUUCUAUCAGACAAAGCUCACGUGGACCUAUCACUGGACGGGGACAGAAAUUGGACAUGCAGGGCUACCUCUUCAUAAAAAAGAGUCAAAAAGUGAAGAAGUGGAAAAGCAUGUUCUUUGUUUUACUUGGUCAUGAUCGGCAGCUCUGCUUCAUGGAAAAUGAAAAGAGAUCCAAGCCAAAGGGACUUAUAGACCUGACAUACAGUUCAUUCUACCCGGUCCAUGACAGCUUUUUUGGGAGGCCAAACUGUUUCCAACUCAUUACUAUAGCCAGUGCAACUAAUCACUACCAGAUAUAUUACCUGUGUGCGGAGAACAGCGACUUUGCACAGACAUGGAUAAAAGUGCUGAAACCCUACUGUGUUAAUACACAACCCACACGGUCACAGUCACGCUCCUUAAAGGAGUUACGUACCUUGACAGUGGAGGUGUGUGAUGCGCGCGGUAUACCCACUAAGACACUGCCUCACCCCUACUGUGUGGUUUCUCUGAACAAUGUACGUGUGUGUCGUACACAGGUGGAGGAAGGCACCAACCCUAUGUGGGACGACAAGUUUAUCCUGGAUGAUAUUCCAUGUGACAUAGAAGAUUUCAGCAUAACUAUCUGCAAUCACAGCCGUCGAACGAAAGAUCAGGAUAUUGCCAACAUAACAAUCCCAGUGUUAGAUGUAAAAGACACAGACUGUUAUGACAAGUGGCACACAUUACAAGCCCUGAACCCUACCAUGCGUGGUGAAACUGGCUCCUUACGUAUCCGUGCACGCUACCUACACGAGAUCAUAAUGCCAGAGGAGAAGUACUCAACGCUCAAAGAGCUCAUCUUGAAUGGUGACCUGAGUAAUAUCCUCGAGCUGUUUAAUCUCUGUGGCAAUGACCGAAUUCCUGUGGCAAAAGCUCUGCUUCAAAUUUUUCGCCACGAAAAACAGGAGAAGGUGAUUUUGAAAACAAUGAAUGACUUCGAAAUUGCAAGGGAAGAGGAAGUAUCAACACUUUUCCGGUCAACGUCACUAGCGACCACAUUGAUGGACCAGUACAUGAAGAUGACAGCCACACAGUUUGUGAGCAACGCCCUGAAGGACAGUAUACUAAGGAUUCUUGACAGUAAACAGUCAUGUGAGUUGAAUCCACAACUUUUAGAAAGUGGAGCUGACAUAGCUGCUAACAGAGAGAAUUUUCUCCAUCACCUUAACGAUGUAACAGAGUCAAUAAUUAAAGCUAUCACCAGCUGUCCUGUGGUGCUGAGAUUUAUAUGUGGCUGUUUACAAAGAAGCGUGGCAGCUAAAUGGAUAAACGACGAGAGUGUGAGAACGCGGGUUGUCAGUGGGUUUAUAUUUCUACGAUUGCUCUGUCCAGCUAUCAUAAACCCCAAGUCCUUCAACCUUAUAUCAGAAACUCCAACAGAAAUGGCCUCAAGGACAUUAAAACUAGUUGCCAAGGCACUUCAGAAUCUAGCCAAUCUUGUCGAGUUUGGUGCAAAGGAAUCAUUCAUGGAAGUCAUUAACCCAUUCAUCAAAAGAAACAAGGAGAGAAUGGUGGUGUUCUUGGAUGAGUUAUCAAAUAUGUCUGAAGUGGACACAAGUCGUCUUCAAGUGAACGUCAAUGAUGUGGCCAGAAAUCUUGCCACCAUUCAUCAGAUCUGUGCCUCGCAUCUGUCAGAACUCAGGAAACUCAGCGAGUCAAAGAUAUCUCUGAGAAAGCUGGUGGCAGUCGCAGAAAUCUUAUCCGACCACAAAAAGCGCUACAUGACAUGACACCUGUCCUCCUUCUCAUCAUCAUUAUCACACGUUUCAAGUUGGCUAGGGACUGGUUCUCCCAUCUUGAUAUUCAUUUUCAUUCACGUCGCCAUUUCUUGUUGUCAACUCCUUCUUGUGGCUAUCGAAUGAUACAGCUGGUCAAGAAGCUGAAUUUCAUAAUAAAUGACGGGAGACUAUAAAUAGAUUUUAUAGGACGUAAAAAACAGAAAUUUCAUUAUAUCCGUAGAUAUUGAAACUGUGAAAUGAAAGGUGGUUGAAUCAAUUAUUUAUUUUAAAAUUUCUUGCAUUAGUCCACCUAUAAUGUUCUCCAGAUAUAAUGAAAGUUUUACUUUCUAAAAAAAAAUGUCAGCAGAUAUGAGAACAAAGCAACAUUACAGUGGAAUGUGCAUCAUUGUAACGAAGUGGAUAACAUAGCAUAAUUCCAUGAAGUGGAUUGUGUUGCAGUGUGGCCAGUCAGAUAUGGGUGCUGUGUAACGAUGACAUUGACAGUAUUGGACAAAAGUUCCUGACCAAUGUGAUCCAUUCAUCGAUUGUAGCCAUGACCUUAAUGGCUGUCUAUUAUUAAACAUGAAGAUAAGCAUGGAUAACAAUAACAACAUAAUUUUUAGGAGACUUACAUAUAUAUUAUUUAUAACCUGGGGAUACAUAAAAAAUCUUAUUGGUUGACAUUAGAUGAAAAUAAACAAGUUUUGAAUCUGACCAAUGAGA